AUGUAUCUUAUAAUUAAGAGAAAUAUAAAAUGCUGUACAUUUUUAAAAGACAAAAGAUUUGAAGAAAUAAACAGGAAUAUAUAUUCCCAUUUUGCUAAACCCAAAGUAGAAUUUUCAAGUAUUAACAACAAUAUAAAUACUUCUACACAACUAAUAGUAAAAUGUAUUAAUGAAACAUAUAAAUCGAAAAAUUUUAAUAAAAUAAAAUGGAAAUGUUUAAGCAAUGAUAUAAUACAAAAUAUAAAUAAAUUUAGUGUGAAAGAGAUAUUGAAUAUAAUUAACAUUUUGAGUCGUUUAUAUUUGGGAAGAAAUAUUUUAAUUAAUAUUAAACCUUUAAUAAUAGAAAAAUUAGAUAAUAUAAAUAGUAAUGGAAUAAGUAAAAUCAUUAUUGCAUAUUUAAAAGCAAAUAUUGAUGAUAAUAUUUUUUAUAAUAAAUUAUGUUUAAAAUUACAAAAAGACAUAAAGGAUAUACCUAUAUCUUCCUUAAUUAGUUUAGUAUAUAAUAUUAAUUUUUAUUCAAAUAUAAGAAAUAUUCAUAUAUAUAAUAUAGAGAAAGAAAUAUUAAAUCAUGUUAUUCACUAUUUAGAAAUAAACCACGCAUUUGAUCAAAUAGAAAAUGAAUCUACCCUCAAUAAUAAUGCUGAUAUUGUGAUGGAUAGCCAACAUGUGUGUGCUAAUAUGGGGAAUAUUAUAAAUGGACAAGAGGGUAGUGAAAUUGAAAAAAAAAAUACAGAACAAAACAUAAGGUUUAUGGAUAUAAAAAAUUAUAAUUUUAUAUUAUUUUUAUAUUCGAUUACCAAUUAUAUGUUUAAUAUACAUUUAGAAGAUGAACAAAUUUUAACAGUGAAUAGCAAAUUUUCAAACUAUUUAAAAAUGUGCUAUCAUACAUUAAAUAGCUUGAUAAAUAAAAAUGAGUUUGAAAAUUUCAUAAAAGAAGAAUUAAAACCAUUUUAUUUAUUUUUAUUAUAUAAAGCAAUGGUAAAUACAAUAUAUAUUUAUGAAGAUAAAUAUAUAAAUGAAAUAUUAUUUAAUCAUAUUAAAAACAAAAUAACUAAUUUUAUAUUAUACUUAAAAAAAAAUAUUUCAAAAUUAAAAGGAAAAACUAAUGAAAUAGUGAAAUAUAUAAAUAUAUUACAACAAAACUUAACAAAAUAUUCGAAAAAUAAAAAGGCUUUUCAAAACUAUUUUGAUAAUAAUGUUAUAUUAAUUAAAUCUCUCUUAUUAUUACUCCAGCAAAAUAAUCAAAAUGACAUAAAAAAAUACUAUCCAUGGCACAGGGAACAAAUAGAAUUGGUACAACAAGCCUUACGGUCAAUUGAAAGGGAGCAAUAA